UAUUGCAAACACAUAAAAACGAUAAAAUAACAUAAAAAGUGCAACAAAAUACAUCGAACAUAAAUAAAACAUCAAGAAGAAGCCAUCAACAUCGCAGUGCAGCCCAGACCUAGGACAACAUCGACAACAGCCAACGCCCAAGGACACAGAAGAUAAGCCAACAACCACCAGCCCGACCAUAGACGAGAACUUCAAUAGAUAAUUACUUCUAAGUAGUAAAAAUGGACGCGGUCAAGAUUUUGUCCAUCUUAUUGACGCUAACCACAACAACAAGUGCAUUCAUCGUAUAUGAUUGCGGCGCGGCAGCGACAAACUUUACUACAUUGUCAUUAGUCAACAUAAAAGAAUGCGAAAAACCCAUAACGACACCCAACAUAACAAGAACUAAUAUUCAGCUCAUACAGACAGUAGAGUAUUCGCAUACUAAAAUAAUUCAAUAUAAAAUUGAAAUUAAAAGAUCAAUUUAUUAUUGCGGUUCUUGGAGUCACAUAGCGACAGUAGCAAAUCCCCACAUAGAAUACAUAGAAGAGAUAUCAAGACCUUACUGUCAGGAUAUACAUAAAACCAGGACACAUUUUAUGUACGAUACAGCAAUUAGAGACAUACAGCCUAACGGAACGACGACAAGAUCGAUACUCUUCGCAGGUAAAGCAGACAACUCCGGAAACUGUGAAGGAGAAAAAUAUUCGGAUCCGUACGGAACGUAUUCAGAUGUAGUGGUACAAGGACAAAUAAAAAUAACAAUUCGAGACUAUUUAGCUCCAAUAAACUUCAAAGAAAACAGUGUAAUCCUAAAAUCAGGAAUAAGAUGCUGGUAUGGAUCAGAAAAAUGUUUAGAUACAGAAGGCGGAUACACAUUCUGGGACAUCAUAAAGAAAGACGACUGCGAAACAGAACGAUUCAAAGUAAUUUAUCAAGGUCAAGCGCAAAGAAUUAGAGAUAGUUCAGGAAAUAAAACCGAUGAAUUUUUCGCAGUAACAUCAAAUCAAAUAACAUUUGCUCUAACAAAACAAGAGACACUCUCAGUAUGUGGUCACAAAUUUUUACGCACAGAAGAACCCAGAUUAUUCAUAAUAGAGAAUGACGACAAUGAUUUUUUUUAAAAAAAAUCAGAAU